AUGAGUCUCCGAGCCCUGAAUUAUGACCAGCGACCUCUGAAGAAACCAAGCACGUUUUCUUCUGCUAAUGACAACAUACCUUUCCACCAUGAAAAUACGCUCGCUCCGUUCAAGGUGAUUGAUUUGUUCUUGGAGCAAUUCCAGCACGUUUUGGCGGCGGAAGACCUUCCCGAAAUGAUCCAGGCCGUCAAGGCCCAGCUAUAUCAACGAGACUACCUUUCUGCUUUCGACUGUGACGACAAGCGUCUUGCAUACGCGGCUCGCUGGACGCCCGCCAGGGCCUUAGCAUACUCGUCCUUGUUUGCUAGCUGUCCAGAAAUCUCGGAAUUGUUUUCUGACCCUAACAAAAAGAGCCGAGUCUUGUGUGUUGGCGGUGGUGCCGCUUCCGAGUUAGUUGGGUUGGCCUCAGUCUUUUGCCAGCUAAAAAUUCCCAAUGGGGACACGCCCUCUUCGCUUCACAUGGAUGUGAUUGAUAUUGCGGACUGGUCACUCAUUGUCAACAACGUGACGUCGUAUGUCCGCAACAAAUGGCUCUACAGUCCGUCCAAAUUGAGUGCACAAUUCAAAUUGGGCGACGUUUUGGCGCAAACACCCGAGCAACUACACCUUUCAGAAUUGGACUUAGUCACGCUUCUCUUUACCACCAACGAAUUGUUCAGCGAAAAAAGGACAGAAACCAUCAAAUUCUUGCAUUCUCUCAGUGCCCAUUGCCGCAAAGGGUCUUUGCUUUUGAUCACCGAGAGUGCUGGCUCUUACUCUCACAUUACUGUCGGCCUGAAGGAAUUUCCAGUUCAAUUUCUCAUCGACACUAUUCUAGUUGGCAAGCCGGGGGUUGGAAAUGGACCAUGGGAAAUUGUGAACCAAAGUGAAAGCUGCUGGUACAGAAUAAACGAUAGGGAGGUAUCAUACCCCAUCAAAUUAGAGAACAUGAGAUUUUUCUAUCGGUUGUAUAGUAAAAAGUGA